AGAACUGCACAACAACAGGCUCAAGAUGCCCAGAAAAUCCCUCUCGUGUUAACACUUGAUUUAUGGAAACAAUUAUGAUUCAGUUGGAAUCUUCCUGGACUGGGAAAUAGUCCACAUUGAUGCUCCGGCUGAUGAUGUGAGGGAGAAAACAAUGGAAUUCUUUUACGCACAACUGUAUUCAAUAAAAGCAAAACUCUGUUAUUGUCAAAGCUCUCAGUACAGAAGGAAAAUUCGGGUAGGGAAGAAGAUCAAGACGCUCAAGAACACUGCAAACUGAUUUGUUUAUAGUGGAAAUUGACAGUGCAUCAGUUUUUGAAAGAACCCUGGCUCAGGACCAUAAACGUUUCCAGGGAAGCUUACACACAUUCUAAAGUGCAAGCACCACAAAUAAAAGAGACCCAGCGAGGCCACGGAGCCCAGGCAGAAGCUGAGAUCGCAACCUAGCAGCAUUCAUCUGAUCUGUACUUUAAAUUGCAGUAUGUUGUUCAUGAGUACCCAGAGCAGUGCACUAUAAUGCGCAAAUGGAUGCUAACAUGGAUCCUGCCAACUCUGCUGUACAGACUGUACUUUCAUUGUAUGCUUCUAGUAGGGAGUGUGUCUUUUGCCUGCAAUGACAUGACUCCAGACCAACUCGCUGCAAGUGUGAACUGUUCCUCCAGUCCUGAGCGGCACACCAGAAGUUACGACUACAUGGAGGGUGGAGAUGUAAGAAUAAGGAAACUUUUCUGUCGGACGCAGUUUUAUCUGAGAAUUGAUAAGAAGGGCAAAGUCAAAGGUACAGCGAAUUCCAACUGCAAUUACUGUAUUCUGGAAAUCAGGACUGUGGCUGUUGGAGUGGUCGCCAUCAGAGGUGUAGAAAGCGAUUACUUCCUAGCAAUGAAUAAAGCUGGAAAAUUAUACGGAAAGAAAAACUGCAAUGAAGAUUGCAAUUUUAAAGAACUUAUAGAGGAAAAUAAUUACAAUACGUACGCUUCUGCAAAGUGGACACAUCACGGUCAACCAAUGUUUAUUGCCUUAAAUCCCAAAGGAAAAACCAUUCAAGGCAGAAAGACAAAGAAAGAAAAUAAAUCAUCUCAUUUCCUUCCAAUGGCAAUAUCAUAAUGAAGCACAAACAACAAGAACACCAGUCCCAGUAAAAAUGUUCCACCUCUGCACAUGUAUCACUGAAAUCCUAACCACAGCAAGCUAAAUACUACUGACUUCUGGAACAAGCUGGGCUUGCGCUUUGCUAUAAAAUGUACUUAUAAUUUUGCACGACUCUAUUCUAUGCAAACCAUUGUCACACAGAUGUAAAAGGUGAAGUUUGUAAAUUUGUUCCCAAACGUAUAUCUGAAAACAUUUGAUUGGAAGUAGUAUGAUUGAUGAUCAUCUAAUCACAGGUGUAAAGAGGUGCAAAUAACUGUUGUAAAUACAGCCUUUUCCUAAAUAUUUUCAUGGUGUACUGGUACUUCACACGUAAGCAGUACUAUAUACAUUUUCUAAAUAAUCAUUAUUUCAAUAAGACAACUUGCAUUCAAACCGAUACAUUUAUUCUUUAAGAAAGCACUGUGGACUAUUUUUUGAAUUAAAUAUCAUAUAAUAUAUGAGUCUAGUGACAAAUGUGUAGCUUUCCAUACAGCAUUUAAUUUUUGUAUUUCAGUACUUUUAAAGCGAUUGUUUGUAGCUACUGUAGUAUUUUGGUUUUCACAAGACGGAAGGUGUGUUAAAGUAUCUUGUGAACAAUCAGCGAUUUCCUUUUAUUGUAAAUGACUUGUGAAAAUAAUUAUUCUACAGUAAGUAUCAUCAGUGCUGCUCAGCUGAAUAAAAUGUAAUGCUUUGUAUAUUGCUUUAUAAAGACCACUUAUUU